AUGACAGUCCGGGAGGUCCUGGGACACCUUUCCGAUGAGCCGCUUGACCGGGUCCAGGCCGUCUAUCUCGAUGAACCCAACCCCUCCCUCACUUACAACACUGGCCCCGACCCCAGCUCUGACUCCGCUCCUCCUCCUUCACUUUUAUUUCCACCUGCAGACCAAGUUAUGGCGGCGCAAGCUCCGGAGGGAUCUCUCACGACCUUCUGGGAUGCCGGCCGGAAACAACUCAAUAGCAACAACAAUGGGUUGGACAGAUAUGACAACAACGACGAGUUGGACAGAGACGGCGACCAAGGAAGCCUGACGGGUUGGACAGAGACGGAGACCAAGGAAGCCGGCGGGCUCAUCAGCAGAGACAAACGGCCAAUGACAAUGACCUCGCCGCUUCUGAGUGCCGAUUUGGUGAUCGGCUCAAGUGCGUUACUGUCUGGACUGCUUAUGAGCUACAACUGCGGGCUCACCGAGGCCAUGACCCACGCGGAAUUCAACCUCUCAAACCUCUGGAUCUCGGCCUUUGGUGUCUGGAUCUCGCACCUCAGCCUCUGCUGCCGCCGCUCCAAACCGCAAAACCAACAAAAGACGUUCAGGACCAGUUGA